GUUGCGGUUAGAGGGGUUUAGGGUAGAGCUCCAGGAAAUGAAUGUAAGACAGGCAUGGAGCAAUUUCCUCAUCACAGCGACCUCAGCCGCUUAUCUUCUGGUUGCCUCAUCUCCCGCACAGAUCUUUAACUUGCAUAGGUGAAAAUAACAUCUCAGAGAGGGCGUUUCAAACUGUCUUCGGCUCAUUCGAUGGAUUAGAGGGUCUGUAGUAAAUAGAUGGAGAUCUUUGGAUGUUGAGAAUCAGCUGAAGUAUUUGAUAACUGAGUUAGUUUCAUGAUGAAGAUGGACUUCAGGUCUCCUAAACUGCACCCUGCUCUCUGCACAGUGAUGAGCCUCCUCCUCUCCGUGUUUUCACGUGGUGAGUUCAGUCUUGUUGAGUCGAACCAUUCAAAGCAUUCAGCUGUUUCUAAAAUGUUGAAUCCUGCAGACUUCAUGUACAGACUUGAAAAUCUGGGAAAUGUAUGCCCGGUUUUUUAGAGACAGUAUGGACUGGGGUUGACAUAAAUCUGUCGUUCUGAGGAGUCUCAGGACUGAAAUGUAAAUCUCAUGACACUUUCACUCUGUCUGAGCUCUCACCUUCAUUCUGGGAUUUUUCUUCUCAUGCAUUAAUACCUUUGCAAAUUGCUCUUGUAACCCACAAACAAAAUUAUACUUUUAAUUCCUCUAGUUCAAGUGAAGUUUGGCUUCGUUGAAAGUCUGUUCAGUGGUGUAUGUGUGCUCACUAGUCAGAUUCCCAUUACUCUAAGGACAAAGUCCAGGAUAAUGUCACGUAAUCAGGAGGUUUCCAGUCUCUAUGACUGAUGUCCUCUAAAAUAAACAAAACGCGUUGUGACCACAAGUCAAUCACAUCAUGAGACAAACUCUUUCCUGAAAAUUAAAAGUGUUUUUUAUUAUUAUUAUUUGGAGGAAAGCACAUUUCUCUCUGGUUCCUGUGACUUUUUCUCUCUUUAACUGACACAGGGAUUGAAGGAAAAACUUGAUCUGGACUCAAACUCCAUUAAAUCAAGAAUCUAGAGAUGUGUUUCCCAGGUGGUGGCAAAGUGUCAGAACAGGCUGUGUGGUGAAGGUAAUAACUGUAAAGGAGUGUCCUAACCAACCACAUUCCCCGAGAGACUCUAAACUUGAACUUGACUGUGAAACCGUUAAGUGAUUUACUUUAGAAAAGUAAUGAGAGGAAAAAAACCUUAAGAUUUGUUGGUAAAGUUUACAACUACUCUGGUUAAACUCUUAUUUUAUUGGAAAGUUCAGAUUUUCAGAGCUUGCAGAUAGGAUUCACUGUCAUAAACCAGAUAGCUGUUUAUUUGUCUUCAUAAAUGUUCAUUCACAGGAGACCGGGAGCAGAAGCUUCAUGUGGUUUUGGUGACGUGUGUUUUUCUGUUUGUGUAUCAGAGGUGAUGGUGAAGCCCUCUGAUCUGGAAAUGUGUGGACACCAACAAGCCUGUGUCACUGACCACAAAGACUGUGGCCCCAGACCUUCCGCGUCUACACAGAGUGAGGAGCCAUAACAAUAUACACCGGCACACAAAUACGCAAACACCCAAACAUACACUUACUGUACAUGUUUGAGCGCCAUCAGGUUUGGACUGGGAAAAGUAAAACCCAGUAACUGUAUUUUUAGAAACACUACCUUGAGGAACAGCUCUGAACUAAUGAGGAGUUAAUUAUACAUUUGUAACCCAUAAACUUUGAUUAAUAUGUAGAACUUUUCUUCCUGUAAUGGUAAAUUCAUGGUUAGCUAGUAUUCUGUGACUCAUGUACCAGCUCUUAAUAUUUGUGUACCUUAUCUACAGGAUCACCAAUACUAACCAAAGAUAAACCAGUGUUAGUUAUUUAUUUGUUUCUGUUAAUGUACGGUUAACAAAUGUUAACUACUAGUUAGUUACACAGUCUUUGACUGGUAAUUACAUGAUACUUGUGUACCUCAUGAACUUUUCUUCAUAAAUGGUUUGGUAGAAAGUGCAUGUGCUGCCCGGUUACUGGGCAAAAUCCAAGUACUUCUCUACUUCUUAACUUCAGGUUAACUAAUGGCCAACUAGAUUGUAAUCCCUCAUUACCUAUUUAGUCACUAUUCAAAAUGUAUGUAACUCAUUUAGCUGUCAAUUUAAGAUUAACUAAUGGUGAACAUAUUCUUUUCCCAUACGUUAUCUUUCUGUUCAGUAGUUUUAAUUUAGUUUUGAUCUGAGUUCUGUAACUCUGCAGUUUAUGUUUGUCUUAACUAGUAGUUAGUUACCAAUUGUCACCUGGUAAAAUUUUCUUACUUUCACUACCUGUUAACAGUUUACUUAUAAUGUACAAGUAGUUUCUUAUGAUUAAUUACCCAGUAACUAGUUUACUAGUUAUCCAUAUACUAUGCAAAAUAUAUGUACCAUAUUUAUCUGUUUACCUUUGGUCAAACUUAUGGUGAACUAGUGUUUAGGUACAAAUUCUUUAUCAUGCAGUGAUGCAGUAUUAGUUUACUGUGUUUAACUGUUAAUGGUUAAUUCAUGCUGAGUAACCAGUAGUAAGUUUUCCAUUCAUUACCUAGUAACUAUAUUUGUGAACCUGUUUUAAAUGUUUUGAGUUGAAACCCCCAGUUUGAAACAAAUUUGUGUAAAAUGAGGAACUGGUUUAUUAAUGACCUCAAGUGUUGGGGCGAUAAAAUGUAUCCUCUCUUAAAGUUUACUCUCUCCCGUUGCAGAGAACCUGAACAUGUCCUGUUACUACGAGAACCAGAGAAAGUUGAGGACAGUGACGUGUGAGUGGAGUGAUGAGUCAGAGAGCCACACAGAGCCGGAUAUUUCUCUCAUCUUCAGCAGGUAAAAAACAAAAAGAGCAACACGUGAAAAAUACUGCAAACAUCUCAGCACAUUCAACUCCAGCUUUAAUCACAGCUUCUGAUCUGAUGUUUUUGAAACAGAGUUAGCAAUGUUACAUUUCUGUUUUGUAGAAAAGCAAAAUAAAGUUUUAUCUUUUUUUGUAUAAAAGUAACAGAAUCACAUCCUGCUCUGUGUUGUUCAACCCGAUGGCCGUCUUUAAUGUGACAGCGAGGAUAAAAACCUACAUGGGGAGUGAGAUCUGGUCCCAGCCUUAUACUGCAUACCUUUAUAAAGCAAGUGAGUCACCAAAAAUUUUGAUCAUUUGAGUCAAACAACUAGUGGGCAAUCUCAAAAUAUAGAUAUAAUUCUCCUCUCUUUCGAUCAUUGUCUCUUUCCUUAGUCAAACUCUCUCCACCUGUUCUAACUGUGCUUGGCUCCACGGAGGACACUGUUGAUUUGUCGUGGGUAUGCAGUUAUGUCUGCACCUGUAAAAUUAAGUAUAAAGACAACAGCGCUCAAAGAUGGCUCCAGGUUAGCACCACACAAACAAAAUGACAUUUUCACUUUCUAAAAUUUGACACUAACUUGCAUUAAUAACUUCAAAAUGUGGUCAUCAGGAACAAAGAAAAAUGCUGUUGGGAAGAAAACAUGUAUUUUUUAUAUUUUCAGAGGAGCGGUAUCCUUGACUUUAGGAGCCUCACUCUUUUGGACGCUUGAAGAACUGCAUUUUUUGUACUUUAGCUUAAUUUUUAUCAUCCAUCUGUGAAACCAUUUUCCGGUUACCCUGUUUCCAGGCUCCAGAUUUUGUCUCCACACAUCGAGCUCGGACACUGACCUACACCCUCAGAGACCUCCUGCCGUUUACCGUUUACAGAGCUGCUGUAUCUUGCACAGGGAGUGCUAACCUCUGGAGCGCCUGGAGCACUGAGGUCACUGCUAGGACUCUGGGCAGGGGUAAGAGCUUGAGUUCAAACAAAUGUUGAUAUGACAUACAGUAUAUUUUAAAUAAAAAAAAAUAAUAAAAAAUUGCAGAAGACAGCUUGAAACUCAUCUUUGACCUACAUGUGCAAACCUCUCCAAUUAAAAACACAAAUUAUUAUUUUCAUGUUUGAAAACAAAGUUUCCUGAAAUUAUCUGAAGCAUGUGUGGGUGCUGUAACAGUAUGGAUAGAUGGCUGUAGUGAGUCAGUUUUUAAUCAGCUGUUUUCAUGUGUUCUGUCUUUCUCACAGCACCUUCCAGGCCCCCAAAUGUGUGUUACAGACUUAAUCGAACAGACUCUGGAGCUUCAAUCCAGCUUCAGCUCAUGUGGAUGGUAGGGUGGGGUUUCUUGGAGAGAUUAUCUCAAAACAUGUCUCCCCUUGUGUAAAACAAGACAAAUAGAGGUAUAACAAGCUCUUUCUGAAUGAAAGUCCGGUGUCUUUAUAGGACCUUCACCCUGAAGCUACAGAUCAUAUCCUUGGACACCAGGUGAGCUAUGAGCUGGUGAAGAGGCAGCAGGACAGAUCUGAACAGAACAUCACAGAGGGGACAGCGCUUGUAGUGGUGGAGGAUGGAAACUGCAACAUCACAGUUAGAGCUUACAACACGGCCGGUUUAGGACCUUCAACACAUCUCAACAUUGACACAAGAACACAGAAAAGUGAGUAAUUAAGUAAAUUGGAAGUUGUCAAUUUUUAUUGCUUGAACCCUAAAAUUUGCAAAAUAAAUAAAUUAAAAAAUAUAAAAAGUUUGAAAAUAUCGAUUUUUUUUUUUUAAAAAUAGACUUAAUAGAUUCAAAACAGCAUCUAAAUAAUACAAUACAGAAAUAAAUAAAAUAUAAAUAUAAUUUUUUUUUAAAUGACAAGAUAAAAACAACAAUUGAAAAAGAAAAAAGAAUUAUAAUUAAAUGAAAUAAAAAUUUACAUAUGUUAUGCCCCAGUCUAGGGGUGCCUAGGACACAACAUGAUAAGGCCUCAUCUUCCCCAAGUCCCAAGUAGUCACAAACAAGAGAUUUGUUUCAAUUUACAGAAAAUGAUUUAUUUACAUAAAAAGGUAAAUGAACAUAUAGAUUUACAAAAGUAACUAAGGCUGAGUUGUUAGGCUUCAGGGUGGACUAAGGCCAAAAUAACAACCAAAAUGAUCCUGUCUAUAGAGUAAGUAAUUAACCUAACCAAACAAAGAAAACAAAUGACAAAAGACUUACCUCCCUAACUAAAUAAACAGGAGAAAACAAGAUUAACAAAACUGGCAGCCCACCCUUACUACUCAAAGAAACCACUACAAAAUACACAACGGUUUAAACACAGCAAAACAGUGUGGCCGGUUGGGAGAGGAGGAGGAGGCUGAGGAAUGCCUGCAGCCCUGUACGCUGUGGCCGCCAUCUUGGUUCGAUAUAUACCAGGUGAUUGUCAGUUUCAGCCAAUACCUGGCCAGGACGUAGAGCCAAUCCACCAAUGACCGCACGGCUGUGGCACACACCUAUUCGCAUAUGAGAUUGACAUGACAAAAAGAACACAGGGCACACACACACAGCAGACAGACUACAAAAUAUGACCACAGUCAUAACACACAGAAAAAGAUAGAAAAUUAAUGAACCAAUUCAUAUGAGCAUAAAAAAUUUAAAACCAGUUUAAAAAAAGUGAAAAUAAGAGCUAAAGGAUAAAAAAUAUAAAGAGAAAAAUCGACAAAAUAUUAUAAAACAAUAAUAUCUACAAUAAAUGCAAAAAUUCUGACAAUAAAACAUUUACAAUGUUUAUAUUAAUGUUUAUUUAUAUAGUUCAUUUGUACUUAUACAGACCUUGCAAAGUUAGAUGUACCAAAUAAAACAGAUCAAAAUUAAAUUCAAAAUAAGAAUAAAAAAGCAGAAGUGAGGAAAAAGCAAAGUCUUCAUAUUUAGUAUUUAUGCUUGAUGUGUUUUCCGGUUUCAGUUUACGACUGUGUUAAAAACAACAACAGCAGUGCAGAUAAACUUUUCCAUCACUCACACAUUUACAAAAACAUGUUUAUAAGUUCAACUGGUACAGAUUUUUAUCUGCCUUUUACACAGACAGUAUCAGAUUUGAUCUGGAGCUUCCACUUAAGCAACAUCCUCUGUGUUCGUGUGUGAACACGGGCCAAGCCAUGACUUGAUAUUCAGAUAAAGUUUGUUGCGACACAUCACUUCUGCUGUCAGAGUGUCUCUUAUUAGCAAAAAUGAAAACAGAACAUUUAAACUGAGUGAGGAGAGGUCAGAGUUUGAAGUUUGACUAAUAAAUGAUGAUCUGUUCUGAUGACGGUCUUGUUCUCUGUAAAACACCAAAAGAUCUUGUUUUAUUCUGCAGAACUUCCCUUGAUCAGAAACUUGUGGGCCUCAAGUUCUUCCAAUGGCCUUCUGGUACAAUGGGAGACCCUCACAGAUCCCCCGCCCUCCGUCCAGCCUGUCAAUCUGUUUGCUGUGCAGUGGCGCCCUAAGACUCGACCAUCCGCCGGCCACUGGAUGGCAGUGGACAACUUCUCCACCUCAGCCGUCAUACACAGUAAAGCUCUGUUAGGGUUUCAACUCUUUGCUCCCCUUCAAAAUAGAUGAGCUGAAAACUAAAAGCACAACUCUCUUUUUUCUCAUUCUAUUGUGACUUUAAUAAUCUACUUUACCAUGACCUCAAUCUGAAAUUAAAAUUAUUCAAAACACAAACAGAUGCACUUAAAAAUAACAGGCUUUGUCUGUUUUAACCUCAAAUGCAAACGGUACUUAAACUUAAUUUCUCACAGACUGUCCUGCUGCCAUUAAUAAUCACCAGAGCACUGAUGAUUGAUCUACCGGCCACAGAAAUAGUCCCGAAUAAAUGCACCUUUUCCUGUAUAUUUGUAUGGUUAUCUUUUAGGGGUGGGAGAAAAAAAUCGAUCAAGCAUAGAAUCGCAGUAUUUUGUCUGGAGAUAUAUCCUAUUGUCUCAUUUACCAAGUACCGUUUUUUUUUUUUUCAAAUUGAUUGCUAAUGUAAAGUCAAAUGUAUGAUAAUAGAAAAAUAAAAUUAACUGAUUGUCCAGUGAGGUUGACAGAGGUGACAGCAUAGAGCAGGAAAAAGUUGGUGUAACAAAUAUAUAUGAGGUUUGCGAGAUACGAUAGCUGAAAAUAAGAUACUGUGUAAAUGAGACGAACAUAAAGGAAAGCCAAAUUAGCCAAACAGUUGAAAAAAAAUGUAUAAAUCACAAUAUAUGGUACAUGGUAUCGCAAUACUCACUGUAUUGCAAAAUGUUAAAAAUCGCAGUAAUAUCGUAUCGUGGCCCAAGUAUCGUGAUAAUAUUGUAUCGUAGGGCCACUGGUGAUUCCCACCCCUAUUAACUUUCUGAUAUUUUUGAGAAAAUUUGAAGAAUAUCCUAGAAACGUUACAUUCAAAUUAAUUUGAAUACAAGACUCAAAAGUCGAAUGCUGAUUUGUGCACAUCAGAAUAAAGAACCAAACAGAGUUGCUCUCUAAUUUCCUAUAUAAUAUGACUCCAUCUAGACAAUGAUCUGACACAUAUAAAGUCAUAUAAAGUAUCAGCUGCUACUUAUCUGAGGUUUUUAGCAAGAGGAAACUGCAGCUUCAAGCACCAGAUAUUAUCUACACUGAUCACACUGACAACAACAACAACAGAUAGGAAAGGCAGCAUGGACUUCAAUUUUGACAGGGCAGAAAAAAACUCAGUUCAAAUCAAGUCUUGUCUCAGCAAAGGUCCAACUCACCCUGACUUCAGGGAAAUAAAUACUGACUGAAUGAAUUUUCUGCUCCUGGAUUUACAUUUGCAAAAUAAACCAUGUAUCAUAUGUUUGUGUUGUGUCAGCAGGUGUUGAUCCUGGCGAGUCGUACCUGGUCAGUGUGUUCCCCAUCUUUAACCAGCAGUGUGGCUCUCCUCAGUCUCUGCCUGUCAGUCUGCAGCAGGGAGGUAAAUAUUGUCACAGCCUGGUAAAAAGACAAAACAGUAAAGGGCAUUACCAGAGCACUUUUUCAUGUUUUAUAUGCAGGAAGGGCAUCAAGGGAGGUACUAUCACUGUAUCAUAUUCACCAGUAGGCCAGAGAGAGGACACUUUUUUACAUUAGGGUCACUGAAAGGGCAUCCAGGGGGGUACUGUUUUAAAAAAUGUGAGGCAGUGAGGCAGCUUUUUAUUAUUACAGCCCACGUCUGUGGAAUACUCUACCUGAAGACCUGAGGACGGCACAGAGUCUCUUCAUGUUUUUAAAAGUCAACUUUUAGUUAAGCUUUUAGCUGAGUUGACUAUUUAUUUAUUAAUUUAUCGAUUCAAGUUUUAAUAUUUCAUAUUGAUUAUUAUCCUACUUUUAUUGUUUUUUUACUUUUUUCAGACUUUCAUUUAUUCGCCUACCUAGUAUUUUUUUGUAUGGUUUGUUUUAGUGUUUAUUUAGGUUUAAGUGUUUUAUCAUUCUAUUUAUUAUGUCAUUUUAUUUAUCUAUUUUCUUAAUCUUCUAUUUUGAAUUUUUACAUUCUAAUCUCACCGCUGGUGUUUCCUCAUUAUGAUCUCAUGAUAGCGUUUCAUAACCUCCUCAGGUCAUUCUGUGCUGUUUACGUUUUAUUUAUUUAGUUAUUUGUCCUAUGUGUUUACACACAUACAGUAUCUACAUGCACAUGUAUGGGUGUAUGUAUGUACUGUAUAUGUGUGUGUAUGCAUAAUUAUAGUUAUCAUUUUUAAAAAAUUAUUUCUCUUUUUAAACACUUAAAUUAUUCAGUUUUUUUAAGGAUUUAAUGAUUUUCUGUAAAACACUUUAUGCUACAUUUUGAUGUAUGAAAAGUGCUUUACAAAUAAAGUCUGAUUGAAUGAUAGACUGAGGCACUUAGAGUGACUUUACACAAUGGGUUUUUUACACAAGUAACAAAUAAGAGGGAAAUUCUGCAGCAUUUUCCUAGACAUAAGGGUGACACAGCAUCAGUGUGAGCGUUUGACCUUUGUAAAUAUUAUCAGCCUAUCAACCCAAACAUGCUUUGGUCAUGUAGAUGAUGAUGCUCAGUUUGGCCAACUCUCCAGUACUCCACUGAUCUUUGGAAAUAAAACUAAUAUUCAUUUGCAUCUUUAGUCUGUCAGGGUUAUAUCAGUCUGCUGUGUUUUGAAGUGUGUGUGUCUGCACGUGCUACAAGUUCAUGUUUGUAUUGGCUGAUUAACACAAACAUGAACUUCCUCUGAGAUACCUGACAGAGUGUUUUUUUUAAUUCCUUUAUUCAUUUCAUUUCAUUUAUUCAGCUCUGAUGGAGGCGGUGAAGCUCAAGGUGGUGGACAUUACAGAGACAACUGUGACUGUCAUGUGGGUGUGGCAGUGGAAGUUAGCAUCCUCACAUGACAGAGUGGACGGGUACAGUGUGAUGCUGAGGAGAGACUCAGAGAGAAAGAGUGGGUACUCAGAGUUUUCCUCUAAAAUGUAACACAGAUUCAGUCUCAGUUUGAGGUCAGUGCACCUGUUUGAUGAAUCAUCUUACACAUCAGCUUAUUAUUAAAAAUACACACUGAGGUCAUGUAAAUGAUGAGGUUUGGGCUGAUAAGGAGAAUUUUUAUUUUUUUUUAAUUUAGUAUAACAUGAAUCUGUACGGAUGAGGAUGAGGGCAAACACAACAAAACAAAGGUCACUUCUUUCUGUUCUGGAAUGUAGAAGUCCAGGAUCUUUUCAGGACUUUUUUCUAAUCUCAAAAAUUUAAUUCUGAGAGUUUUAUCCCAGAGAAAACUAAGAAUUAUGACUUUAACUUCAUAAUUCUGAAAAAAUCAGAUUAUGAGGUUAAAGUCAAAAUUAUUUUUUUCUGAGAAAAAAAGUCAAGAAUUUUUUUUUCCAGCCUUUAUUUGAUUUUUAACUGAGGGCCUCUUCCUGUGGUUAAUCCUGUUUUCUCUGUUUCAGCUCUGUCUCUGUACCCUGACCAAUGGCAGCACACCUUCAUCAAUCUGAGGCCCAACACUGAGUAUUCUCUUCUUCUACUGGCUGAUAAUGCUUCCAGAAGCAUCCUCACUGUUACUACAGACUUUGGUGGGUUUAAAUCUCUAAUCUGGAUUUUAAUUCACUUCCUCAGGAAUGAAAAAUCACAGCAGUGUUCACCCAUCAUUAGAGUACUGUCAUUUAUCAUAAAGAGAGAGAGAGAGAGAGAGAGAGAGAGAGAGAGAGGAGUUUUCAGUAGUCACUCUUUCAUUGUGACUUUAAAAAAAGUCUCUCUUUUUUAAAGAGGAUAAACUAUAAUGUUUUUUUUUUUUUAAAUUCAGACAUAGUUCCAGUGGUGGCUACAGUGACUCCUCUGCUGCUGCUGACUGUGACGGUCUUCAUUAUCUCCAUCCUGUCCAGGACUGUGUGAGUCAACAAACACAUACCACCAAUGUUUGGUGUUCUUUCAAAUCACUGAAUGCUAAAAAUAUAGCCAAGACACUCCACACACACUUGAAUUUAUUUCCCCUAAAUUUGAAUUUAUUCUCAUUCAUGAAUCUGAAAUCAUGCAGGUACAAGUCCUACUUCUUCCCACCAAUCUCCAGCCCUCGUGGAAGUACAACAGGACAGUGGCUGAUGGACCCAAACCACCAGGUGAUCUGCUUUCUAUAGACCUUAGUGAACCCAGCAGACCAGGUUCUGGAGUCUGACAGUGAACAGUUCAGGGUCUCCUUUGUCCUGUUCUUGGUGUCAUGAUGCUCCAAAUGUUUUUAAUGGGGGACAGUCAGGACUGCAGGCAGACCAGUUUCUCAGCAGGACUCUUCUCCUACAGAUCCAUGCUGUUGUAGUCCCUGUUGUCAGAAUGUGGUUUGUCAUUAUCCUCCUGAAAUAUGAAGGUCUUCUCUGAAAAAGUCUUUGUCUGGAUGUCAGCAGAUGUUGCUCCUAAACCUGUAGAUAUUGUUCAGCAUUAAUGGAGCCUUCACAGAUGUGGAAGAUACCCAUGACAUGGACUUUGGUGAUCCCCAUACCAUCAGGGAUGCUGGAUUUAGACUGGGAGCUGAGAACAAAUCAGGUGGACCCUCUACUCUUUAGAGAGGAGUCCACGAUUUCCAAAAAGAAGGUCAGAUUCUGAUCCAUGAGAUCACAGGACAGUUUUCCUCUUCUCCUCAGUCCACCUUAAAUGGGUUUAGGUCCAGAGAAGUCUCUAGUGUUUCUGGAUCCUGGUUUUACCUGGUUUCUCCUGUCAUGGUUUAGUUUGAACCUCAUUUGUGGAUGUAGUGAUGAACUGUGCUCACAGUCAAUGGUUAUUAUAUGUUACGCAGUGAUUUACACUCCAGGGUCCUGUCUGUUUUAAAGCAGUGCUGCCUUAGGGGAUACAAUGCUCCAGCUUUACAAGAAUCAGGGUAUUAAACCAUCUUUCUGCCUGACAGACAUCUGCAGAGAGAAACAUCCUGUACAUCGAUGACUUCCGAGUGAUGGAUGUACUCGGAGAGAAAAGCCUCAUCACUUUUGCUUCAACCGCUGAGCCUGAGAAGCUGCAUGAAGACGUCUCUCUACUGUCCUUUGGACACCUUAUCAGCAAACUGGACCCUCAGUAUGUGUCUGAUGCUCCUGUAUUUGAGGAGCCUGUAUUGAUGUCUCCACAGUCCUACCACCCGGUCUACUCCGUGAACUGUCCUCUUGCUGAUCAGGAUCAUCACUUUUUCAGACCCGUGGAGCUCCGUGAGACUGACUCUGCCUCUCAGGCUAACAGCUGCUUUCCUCAGAAAGAGGAAGAGAGCAGACGGCUCACUAAGAUAUCUCGUCAGAGAGAGACGGUUAUGAAGAGUGUGCUUCAUGAAUUCAUGCUGAACACACCCAGACUGGGCGUUUAUCAGAUGAGCUGCGAGGCCCAGUAUGUGGUAAACACUUCUUCCCUUCAGGGGAAGAGAGAUGUUGAAACUAACUGUUCACUGACCUGUGACAGUGAUUAUAUCGCAAACAGCUGCUUUACCACCGAACCUACAGAUGGAAACAGAACGGCACACUAGACCAGAGAGAUUCAUGGAUGUACAGUAUAUGCAUACAGACCUGAUGGUGACCCCUUGUGGCUGCAAUUUGCAUGAUGCAGCAUUAAAAAAAAUUUAGCUGCUGGAUGAAAUACAAGAAAAAUAAAGCGUAAAUACGCAAACAUUAUCUCAAAGAAAGUGUGCUCAGAUGAUGUUUAAGAUGUUCAUUUAAUUCUGAAAGGUUGCACAAGGUGUUAAGAUUUCUUGGAUUAUCAUGUGCAACAGAGAUAUUUCUGGAAUGAACACAGUACGGCUUCAAAAUGACUGAGUAAUCAAAAUUCAGCAGGCUGAUGAAAUCUACGACCAUUUCUGCAGGAUCCCACGUUAAUCUCUGUUAAUCUUCAAACUGAGGUAACCAUUGUUCUCCAGAAAGUUUGUUUGUAAUGUCAUUGUUGUACAGAUUUGCUUUCACCUGAAACUGCAUGUAAAAAAUCUGCAGCACUCCGGAUUGAAACAUUCAAACCACCACAGAUCAAAAUAAAAAAACACAGUGUUGAUUGAG